AUGGCAGUCUUGCAACAACAGCAGCAGCAGCAGCAGCAGCAGCAGCAACCGCAACCGCAAACCCCUUCUCCCACGACAUACGAGAAGGAGGGGCAGGCGGCUUUUGGCUUCCCCAAUCGUCAUGGAACAGACCGACCUUUCGAAAGAGCGUUGGAUUUUCGCUAG